AUGGCCAGCCGCCCGUGCUUACUUGACGAGGCCGCCAUCCGUUUCCGAGGAAGCAGAGCGAAGCUCAACUUCCCUGAAAACGUGCCCACACAAAGUCAAAGUCAAAAUCAAAGUCAAAGUCAAAAUCCUAGUCCUAGUCACAAUCCUGCAUCCAAUGAGCCAACGAGAGACUAUUUGGAGUAUUCAAGAUUGUUGCAGGGGAGUGGAGACAGUCUUUUGGAGCAGUUGAUGGUUUCUAGUUCUAGCUCUGGUUCUGGAUCCGAUCAGAUGGGCCAUGUUGGGUCCGAGUUCGGGUCGGGUUCGUGGAUGGGUUCGAGCCAGUUUCCUCCAUCUUCUUCUGGUUAA